GCUCCCAAUCCAUCCCACCCCUUGCCUCCUGCGCCCAUCCACCUAAUAACAAAAACCGGUGACCGUGGUAAGCUCAGUUUAGGUCCUGUUCUUCAGCUUCUGCCCAACCUCGCCACCGAGCAGAGAUGGCACUCUCUCGCCGCAUGGCCGCGCCGGUCCUCGUCUUCCUGCUCCUCCUCAUCGCCUCAGAGAUGGGUCCGGCGACGGUGGCGGAGGCGAGGCACUGCCUGUCGCAGAGCCACCACUUCAAGGGCCUGUGCCUGAGCAGCAGCAACUGCGCCAACGUGUGCCGCGUCGAGAGAUUCCCCGACGGCGAGUGCCAGACGACGGCCGGCACGCGCAAGUGCUUCUGCAAGAGGAUCUGCUAGUCGCCGGCCGGAAGCCGGCCCGGCACGCGCUGCAAGCCGAGCAUUAGUCCUACUCCUGCCGUUGUCCGUGUACUCUCCUUUUGUUCGUCGGUUCUCGCGGCUAUGCUGUAGCGAGCUGUUUGCUCUCGCUUUGCUCUGUUUUCUUAGAAUAAACUCGGUGCUGGUGCUGCGCGUGCGGAACAUCUCACUGGUGUUCUGCAUCCGUAGGUAGGCAGCAAGAUGAUGUAAGGUCCUCCUUUAUUUUUUUCCACAAAAAAAUUUGAUGUAAUGCAGUUUCGUGCAAAAAUUAGUUUAGUGCAUCAUCUUUUUUAAAAAAAAAUUCCGUCAA